AUGACCACUGUCCGAGGACCCAGCAUCCUGCCGCUGCCCGAAGACGUCGUCGCCCAGAUCAAGUCAUCGACGGCCAUUCUGUCGCUGACUGAUGUGCUAACAGAGUUGGUGAAGAACUCUCUCGACGCCAAAGCGACCAAGAUAGAAGCGACGGUUGACUUUGCGCGUGGCGGAUGCACGGUAGAAGACAAUGGCCUGGGCAUAUCACCACUUGAAUUUCGCGAAGACGGCGGCCUGGGGAAGCUCUACUGCACGUCCAAGUACCAUGCACGCGAAUCUCUGCUCGGCCGCAAUGGCACCUUCCUCGCCUCACUCGCCGCUGUCUCUCUCUUGACCAUUGCCUCGCGUCACCACGAAUACCGCUCACACAACUCGCUGACUUUUCAUCACUCCAAUACUGUUGAGCGACAACUGCCUGCUUCGGCGCAUCAAGAGUUGCAUGCCAAGCAUGGGACCCGCGUCACCGUCCGGAACCUGUUCGGAAACCUUCCAGUGCGGGUGAAACAACGAUCUAUGGGUUCGGGGCAGCGGGCCGAACAUGACAGAUUGUGGGACCAGCUUAAGAGAGACAUCACCCGACUAUUACUCAGCUGGCAGGGUGAACUAUCCUUGAGAGUUCGCGACAGCGAGAACAGGGUGCUUAUCAAUUUCAACACCUCCAGCUCGAGCCCCUCUGUAGGACAAGAUCGAGAGGCUGUGACACCACGUUCAACACAACUAUCUUCCCUCCUCAACAUCCUGACACAAGCUAAUUAUAUCGCUAUUGAUGAGUGGCCGUCAUGGGUUCCAGCUUCAGCUUCUACAUCUGCCAUCUCUAUCAAUGGCGCCAUAUCGCUUGACCCAGCCCCCAGCAAGCACGUUCAAUUCAUCUCACUUGGUGUGCGACCACUUUCCCCUGACUGCGGACAUAACGAGCUGUUCGACCAAGUGAACCGCCUCUUUGCACUCUCUAGUUUUGGCACUGUCGAAGAUGAUGCGGUUGUGGAUGAACAUGAAAAGAUUCGACGGCAAUCCGACAAACGCUUCAAGCAAGGCGGCUACACUAAUCGACAACUCAAGGCGCGCAAAGAUGUCGAUAGGUAUCCCAUGUUCCACCUCCGUAUCUCCAUGAAGGACCCUCAUACCUCGCGAGCCUCUGAAGAUGAGUUCGUGGGCGACGAGGCUAAUUUGCAGAAUGUCACGGAAGUCUUGGGUGCGAUGGUCACGCAAUGGCUAUCUGUUCAUCACUUUCGACCGCGACAACCUCGCAAGAGGCGUGAAAGGCCCAGCACUGCUUGUAGUUUGCUUGACAACUCUAGCGAAACCCCAGCUCCGACGACAACGGAACAUGGGUCAACAAAGCCUAUAACCAGCUCUACAUCCGUGGCAUCCAAGAAACGAAAGCGUCUGAAAGAUCCAAUCUCGAACAAGUCAUCAGAAAAGGAGCAUCGACAGGCCUUUGCGGACUGGUCACGGAUCAAGAGCGGGAAGCCUGACUUCUUCAAUGCAGUGUCCAAGUCAAAGAGCCCACUAGCGAAUAAUUCCCCCGACAGCCAGCGUAAUGAAGCCGACACAUGUCAUCGUACGAAAACAGACAAUUUCGCCUCUUUCAAUAUAGAGCCGAUUGACCAAGGUGCCCUCAAUGAGCAUCGAGAUGGAUCGGUUGCGUCUGCGACCACAUCCUCUGCUGACAAUAAAGAGAAUGACGAUACUAUCAUAUGGACAGACCCUUGCACAAAGAAGACACAUCUCCUGAAUGCCAGGACAGGAUGUGUAAUGCCUGAUGCUCGUGCGCGACCGGACACCGACCCCACUGCAUCUAUAUUUGGCACCCAUACGAGGAACAAGUCGGUACGAUUACCAUCUCGACCAUCAACGGCUGUCGCACGCAAGACACCCUGGCUCGACAAUGUUCUGGACACGUGGGAGAACCCGGUCUUCAAGCCUACAGAGAAGCGCAUACAACAAGCAAAUAUACACGAAGACGGGCUUGAUCCCAGUCAUCAUCCUUCCAGACAUGGCUGCUCCCGCUUUGACAUUGACCGGGCUUUCAACCAGGCUUCAACAGGCGGUUCUAGUAGGCUGUCUAAAGAAGGACUGAAAAAUGCCCAAGUAAUCUCACAGGUCGACAAAAAGUUCAUACUUGUGAAAAUGCAAAGCUUUGCGUCUGAACAAGAAGCAAAGGCUGGGCUUCUGGUACUGAUCGAUCAACAUGCAGCAGAUGAACGAGUACAAGUCGAAAGCUUAUUCAGAGAGCUCUGUACCCCUUUGCCUCAAGCCCGUGCCUACAAGUCACAGCUCGGACAUGGCGUACUUGUAGUCUCGACCAUGCUCGAGAAGCCAAUGCAAUUUGCAAUCUCAUCCCGGGAACGUACGCACUUCACAACACACGCCGCGCGCUUCGCUGCUUGGGGUAUCCUCUACGACAUCCUUGUAUCAGCAUUUUCCUCUAGCAGCUUGGAAAAAGAUAAGCACGUCCUAUCUGUUACAACGUUACCACCGGCCAUCUCUGAGCGCUGCAAAGCAGACCCCAAGGUACUGAUAUCCUUCCUUCGGUCUACGGUAUGGAAGUAUGUCGAAGACGCACACCUUCCCCCUCUACCCCAACACGGAUAUUCUGCCAAUAAAGACGAUUGGGUCAGGCGACUCGCUACCUGCCCUCCGGGUCUUGUCGACCUUGUCAACUCUCGUGCAUGUCGCUCAGCAAUCAUGUUUAACGACACGCUCGAAAUUGAAGAAUGCAUAGAGUUGGUGCGAAAAUUGGCCGACUGUGUAUUUCCUUUCAUGUGUGCACAUGGCCGACCUAGCAUGGUUCCGCUCGUCGACCUUGGAACAAGUGGUGAUGCUGGAAGUGUUCUGAGUAGUAGUACAAAGAAUGUCGAAAAUAAGACUACCUUUGUACAAGCAUGGCGGAAAUGGCAGAAGUAA